AUGAAGCCCGCCGAGAAGCAUUUUCGCUGCACGAUCUGUCAGCGGGGCUUCACACGCAUUGAUCACUUGAAAAGGCACCAUUUAAGACAUUCCGGCCAGAAGCCAUACUCCUGCGUCUUCUGCAAUGAGGCGUUUGCUCGAUGUGAUAAUCUUCGCGACCACUAUGCGGAGUGCGCCCAACGGGGGGAUCGCCAGAUCCCCGAGACCGGCCAGAGGGGUCGUCGUCGCCAUGCAUGUCUUUCGUGUACCUCCAUGAAAUUACGCUGCGAUGGUCAGAGUCCCUGCGGAGCGUGCGUGAAACGGGGCCUUGACUGUAACAAUGAACGGAUCGGCCGAUCGCAACAUCCUGGUUUAGAUGAAGGAUCGCCGACAACCACAACCGAGACGUACGCUGAACAAUCUGACCGUGGGUCGAUCAAGUUUCUCCUGAAUGCGGGGCUUGAUAGCUUCACGGAGCACUUUCGCCUCCCCCCACGCAACGACCGAGCUCGCAACCUCAUUCUCAAAGAACAAGAGGCACAGGAGGAUACAGGUGGAGUGUUCCCAUACGAUGUGCCAGGCAACCGACCGGCGUAUACCCCAGCCACGGCGGACCCCGACCCGUCCACCAUGCAAUAUUUCCCUAAUUCAUUCCUCGAUUUCUUCAACACAUCAUUCGGUGAGCAGAAGCCCGUCGAGGACCCAUACACAGGGCAUGCCCUCCCGGCAGGGCUUCCUUCCACACAAGAUUCCCACUCAACAAUAAUCCCCGAUCAAGCUGUCUUUGAGCCAGAGCGCCCAUUUGCUAUGGCCCUCGUUCAAUCGAUACUAGCUCGAGCAUGGACCGUUCCAUUGGAUAGCAAGGGUCAAGAAGAGAUAUCAGCGAACCUCAAUUUCCUUUUGACGACCGCGCGCAUAAGGAAAUUCGCUGCAUUAUACUUCAAGUUCUGGCAACCCAGCUGCCCUAUGAUUCAUUUACCUUCUUUCGACCCAGAGACGGUGUCUUUGCCGCUACUGGCCGCGGUGGUUUUCAUGGGGGCCAUGUAUAGCACCGACCAAAGGGAGGUAUUCGUGGCCAAACGAGUCCUUGACUUCGCCGAGAUGUUUAUUUAUUCCAGUCAAGUCUACUCGGCCGAAAGCGAGAUUGCGAGUAUAUUUCUAGGAAAUCGGACCACUGUUGAUGAGGGAGACGAUUGGGUCAAAUUUCAAAACUUCCUAGCCGGGUUCAUCAUGGUUGCAGCUCAAUACUGGGCAGGGAAUCAAACAGCUCGGGCCCGCGCGAUGGAGAAUCGCUUCGGCGAAGUUGUGAAAGUGGCUCGACGCCUUCGUCUCAUAAAGUGCCGACAUAUGCCGCAUGAACAAUCAAACGAAACACUUUGGAUCCAGACAGAAUGCCGCAUUCGGGCUAUUUCCAUUGUUUCAUUAAUGGACUGCGCAUUUUACUUCUAUCAAAACUACCCCUACCGUCUUACAACUUCCGAAAUGGAAAACGACUUCCCCUGUGAACAAUCUAUCUUUCAAGCCGAGCAUCCAUUCGCAGAACCAAACUUCCGUCUUUCUCGCAAUCUCACAUUAUACGAAGCGUUCCAAAAUCUGUUUGCCCGGCCGCAAGAUUCUCAUGUGCAGACCCCAGACUCGAUGGAUCUGACUGUUCUCGACAUGUUCAUGCUCAUUCACGUUCUAUUUGCUUUCAUAAAUACCCACAUGAUGCUUGUUGGAUUCCUAGGACGCCACGGUGAAGUCAUACAAUUGCAUCAGAACUCGUCCAACGGCAAGAGCACAAUCCCCGAAGACUCGCUUCUAUCUUCUAUUAUGAUAGCCCUGAAUCGCUGGCGUGAUUACUGGUUUGCAUUGCGCAGUCAAACCUCGAACGACGAAUGGGCUUCAAUGGGUUUCUACAAGAACAGUUACAAUUUCUGGCUCGUCUCACACCUACUCGUUACUAAAAAGGAUGCUGUCGAUGUUCUUAUGGAGAUGGAGGUGAGCUGCGAGGAUAAGUUGGAGAAGUUAAAGGUUUUGUUACAGGAUGAGACAGAGUAG